UUAGCUACAACUAUCUUCUUUUCUUUGUUCUGCCAUUCAAGACUGCUCUGCAACUAUCCACGGACCACCGUAUAUUUAUUAUUUUUGAUCAUUUUUGUUCUUUUCCUGACAAAAAAAGCACAAGCUUUUCAGAAGAUAAUGCAAGAAUCUGUAGCUGAACAACCAGAAGCACUUGAGGAUGAGGAUGUGAAGUUCAAGCUCCUUCUCAAUGGCGAACUCUAAGCUUAACCUUCUGUUUCGCAUCUUCUUGCUCUUCUUUGCCAUUUCUGAACUUCUCAUUUCAUCGCCAGCUGAAUCUUCCAAUGCAGAGCAAAAGGAAGACAGACAGCCUUUCGUGGGUGUGAAUAUCGGCACGGACGUUUCAAAUCUGCCUUCUUCGUCGGACUUGGUUGCGUUUCUGAAGCUCCAGAAGAUAACGCAUGUUCGUCUCUACGAUGCGGCCCAGGACAUUAUCAAAGCUUUGGCCCGAACCAAUAUUCGGGUGGUAAUCGGAAUACCCAAUAACCAGCUCCUUGCAAUCGGAUCUUCCAACUCCACAGCCGCUUCCUGGGUCAACCGAAACGUCGUCGCUUACUACCCGGAGACACUCAUCACCGGAAUCGCCGUCGGCGACGAGGUUUUGACCUCCGUUCCGUCUUCGGCUCCACUUAUUCUUCCUGCAAUUCAAUCGCUUUAUAAUGCUCUCGUUGCUUCGAAUCUCCAUAACCAGAUUAAGAUUUCAACCCCUCAUGCAGCUUCAAUCAUUCUCGACCCUUUUCCUCCUUCUCAGGCUUACUUCAAUCAAACCCUAGCUUCCCAUAUCGUUCCUCUGCUUCAGUUUCUUUCUAAAGCUGGGUCGCCAUUGAUGAUGAAUCUUUAUCCUUACUAUGUAUUUAUGGAGAACAAAGGGGUUGUUCCGCUGGACAAUGCCUUGUUCAAACCCUUGACGCCUUCAAAAGAAAUGGUGGAUCCCAAUACCCUGCUUCAUUACGAGAAUGUGCUUGAUGCUAUGAUCGAUGCUGCCUAUUUUUCCAUGAAAAAUCUCAAUGUCACCGAUGUUGUGGUUCUUGUUACUGAAACAGGGUGGCCUUCCAAGGGCGAUUCUAAAGAGCCUUAUGCUACCAAAGACAAUGCAGACACCUACAAUUCGAACUUGAUCAAGCAUAUUUAUGAUCGAAGUGGAACCCCUUUGCACCCAGAAACCACUUCGAGCGUGUACAUAUAUGAGUUGUUCAAUGAGGACUUGAGGGCUCCGCCGGUGUCGGAGGCGAAUUGGGGCCUGUUUUACGGGAACACUACGCCGGCUUAUCUGCUUCAUGUGUCUGGAAUUGGGACGUUUUUGGCAAAUGAUACAACGAAUCAGACAUACUGUAUUGCCAUGGAUGGGAUUGAUACGAAGACAUUGCAAGCUGCAUUGGAUUGGGCUUGUGGACCAGGGAAGGCGAAUUGUUCAGAGAUUCAACCUGGAGAGAGCUGCUAUCAACCUAAUAACGUGAAGAGCCAUGCUUCCUAUGCGUUUGAUAGCUAUUAUCAGAAAGAAGGGAAGGCUCCUGGAUCUUGUGACUUCAAAGGAGUGGCUAUCAUCACCACCACUGAUCCAAGUCACGGGAGUUGUAUAUUUCCUGGAAGUAAGAAAAUAAGCAACAAGACGAGUCAAGGAUCCAAUUCUACUACUCAAUCCAGCAAUGCGGGGAAUAACAAGUUAAGGUUGAGCAGCAUCAAAAUAAGUGCUCUUAACAACGUUUUGCACAUUUCCUUCGCUGCAGCCUUGCCCUUUAUGAUGAUGAUGCUGUUCCUUUUUUGAUGCUAAGCUAAGCUGAGGCUCAAAUAAAUCAAUUUUUGUUCUUUCUUUUGGGGAUAAUGUAGGGAUUAUUUUGAGUUUCUUAAGGCAGAGGAUUAGAGAGUAGAAACUGUGGGUGACCUGCAAUGCCCUCUGUGUUUAUGUGUAGAUGCUUCAUUUUGAUCGGAGGAGGGUGAAUAAUCUAUAAUCCAUCCUGGGUUCUUGUAAUUAAAUUAUCUAUUCAUUUAUAUUAUAUUUGUCAAUUGUUAAUUAA